UACAUUUUAAUUUGGGAACAUUUUACAUAUUACAAAAUAAAAAUACUGAGAUCUCACUUCAACAGCAAGAACUGCCUUGCACGAUCUGCCACCUCUAAUCCGCCACCGCCGUCGACAGCCACACCCCCGCCGACAUCCCCACCCCAGCUGAAAGGGGAUUUUUGGAUUUGCAGAUCGAUUAAUCCAGUUUUCCGCCGACUUAAUUUCUUGAAGGGUUGGAAUCAGAUUCAGGCGUGAUGGGUUUCUUGAUUACAACCCUAAUCUUUGCUGUGGUGGGCAUAAUUGCAUCUCUUCUUGUCAGAAUAUGCUGCAGCAGAGGCCCUUCCACCAAUUUGCUUCACUUGACAUUGGUUGUCACAGCAGUAGUAUGCUGCUGGAUGAUGUGGGCAAUUGUUUACCUCGCGCAGAUGAAACCGCUAAUCGUUCCAAUCCUCAGUGAAGCAGAGUAAGUUGAAUAAUGAAGUGUACACAUCUCAAGAUUAUGUACGAUCAAUAUGUUUCUGCAUACUCUAGGUUACCCUUCAUUGUUUCGAACUCCAUGCGGAGUAGUGUGUACUUUUGAAAGAGAAUUUGACUGCAAUAUAUAUUUAGCAUUGUUUUUUAUAAUUGCCCUUUAAGUUGUUCAUUCAUUCUUUGGAACAAGUUGAUCAGUGAUGAUGAUGUUGGUCAAUCUGGGUGUCUGUAACUAUGUACCUUUAGUCUCGAUUUAGAGUGAAAUAAAAAGGCUUAUCAUGGAGUUUUGUGGUUUA